AUGGCCACAACAGGGAACGAUUUCUUCAUUGCUGAGGGAAUAGCUCCUCCAAAAAGGAUCCUCUUUCCACCAGAGAAGAUCUGCAUGGUCUGGCAGCAGAGGCAGCGUGCUGGGGCUGGGCUCUUCAACGUGGGCAACACCUGCUUCCUCAACUCUGUGCUGCAGUGCUUGACCUACACCCCUCCACUGGCCAACUACCUGCUGUCCCGAGAGCACAGCCGGGCCUGUCACCAGCAAGGUUUCUGCAUGAUGUGCAUCAUGGAAGCUCACGUGAACAAGGCCUUGCACUCCCCUGUUGGCGCCAUCCUGCCUUUGGCUGUCCUCAAGGUUUUCAGACGCAUAGGAGAGCAUUUUCAGCCUGGCAGGGAGGAGGAUGCCCAUGAUUUCCUGUGCUGUACUGUCAAUGCCAUGCAGAGAGCUUGUCUGAGUGCAAGCAAUGACUUGGACCUCUCUUCUCAAUCCACUACCAUUGUCUAUCAGAUAUUUGGGGGCUUUCUGAGAUCCAGAGUCACCUGUUUCAGCUGUGAAGCCAUUUCUGACUCCUACGAGGCCUUCCUGGAUGUUCCCUUGGAUAUCAAAGCAGCCUCGUCCCUCACUGCAGCUCUGGAGGAAUUUGUGACACCUGAGAACCUGGAUGGUGAUAACUGCUUUAAAUGUGACAAGUGUAAGAAGAAUGUUGCUGCCUCCAAGAGGUUCACAGUGCAUCGUGCACCCAAGAUCCUCACGGUGUGCCUGAAAAGGUUUGACUGCUUCACCGGUGGGAAGAUCAGCAAGGUUGUGGAGUACCCCGAGUACCUGGACCUUCGUCCCUACAUGUCCCAGGCAGAUGGAGAACCCCUCCCCUACUCCCUGUACGCUGUCCUGGUGCACAGUGGGGUCAGCUGCCAUGGAGGACACUAUUUCUGCUACACAAAGGCCAGCAAUGGGCUGUGGUACCAGAUGGAUGAUGAGUCUGUGGAGCUCCGUUGCAUUGACACAGCUCUCAGGCAGCAAGCCUACCUGCUGUUCUAUGCCAGGUGA